UAAAGUAAAAUUCACACAGGUCCAAGAGAUUAGGAUGUGGAUAUCUUUGCAGGACCAUUUUUUUAGCCUAUUACACUGAGCAACUUACGGUAGACUUCUGAUGUUCUUACUUUGAGUUAUGGUUUCGUUUGUAUCCAGUUCUGGGUGGUAAAAGCUGGUGGCAGUGGGUGGCAGAAUAUUCUCAUCUCUUCGGGACCUUAUGCAGAAAACUCUAGGUUUGUGGUUUACAGUGGUGGUCCUAGAAGUAUCAGCCUUACCUUAGGAACUUAGUAGAGAUGCAAAUGAUCAGUCUUCGACCUGCGGAAUUAGGAACUCUUGGGGCUAGGGCCUUGCCAUCUGUGCCUGACAAGCUCUCCGGGCGAUGCUGAAGCACCCUGAAGUUUGAGAAGCACGUCUCUAGAUUACUGACAUUAUUAGUAUUAAAACCACAUUUGCCUUCCUUUCCCGUGUUUUUCCGCUUACUGCUAAUGCUUAAAGUAGUCUAAGAUUUAGCAUCUAUAGACUUUGUUUUCCAUAGGGAUACAAACAUUUAGUACCGAUGUCUUGGCACUGAUAGCAGUACCAGUUAAUUCAUUUACUUAAUACAGGUUUUCACUGGGCUAAUUUUUGUCAGUUCUGUUUUGACUUAGAUGUAGACAUUUUAUAAAGUAACUUUGCACUGGAUCUGGAAAUGAUAGAAGUUUUUUUCUGUAGCCCUUGAAAAUGUGGAUUAAGUUCAUUCGCCUGAAUGUUACUUCCUUGUCUUGUAUAUCGUCAUGUCCACUUGGGGAUGCCACAGAAAUUUCCAGUCUUCCAUUCCUCCUACAUUGUUAGGCUUUUACUGUUAUGUGCUCUUGAGUGAAGGUGCCCAAGUGAGAUAAAUGAAUUCUUUUCCUCAGUGUAUCCACAUUGUGGCUCAGAAAAGAGACCUGUAAACAGAAUUGAAGUAGAACUAUCCCUAGAUGCUGUAGCCAUUGAGAAACACAGCUUUAUGGCUGAAAUUAAAGCAGGGGCUGCCACCGUGACUGAGCUAAAUAUUGAAAAACCAGCAGAAAGGUGUGCGCCAAGCUGAGGAUCGACAGAACGUGGGCGGAGGUCUCCGUGUGAAAAGGUCUGGAAGCCGCGGGAACACAGGGCUCUUCUGGGAGGUGACGGGCUGAAUACGUAGAAGCACGGAGGAAACAGCGCCAAGACGGGGCUGGACACACGAGGCCCCGGUCCCUGGUUUGAUUUAAUUUCGAAUGAGAUUAUUCUUGCAGCGAGAUGUUAAUAAGACAAAAUCUAGACUAGAUGUGUUAAAUGGGCUUGCCAACGAUAUGGAUGACUUGAAGACAGACAGCGGCGCUCCUGGGGCUGAGGAGGGACUCCUAGCUGACGACGGUUUCCCCUCCGACGGGGAGAGUGGAGCUCGUGCACCGAGAGACUGCCAGGCGUCAUUUCAGAAGAGCAGUGCGCGCGCCCUGCCUGAAGAACUCUGCAAGGGCAAAUCUGAAAAGGCCUCAAGUGGGGGCCAGUCUACUCGAUUGACACACGCUGGUGCUCCUCCUGUCGCUAGUGAAAACUGUGUCUUGCCUAAAGGAGCUGCCGUUAAUGGACCCGUUUCCCAUGCCUCCGUAACUAAGACUGCUCAUGUGAAUAAAGGCAGUGUUUCCUUAACCACUGGACAGCCUGUGGAUCAGCCAGCGACAGAAUCGUGUUCAACUCUGAAGGUGGCAGCUGAUCUUCCGCUGUCUCCACCACAGAAAGCAAGUCAACACCAAGUUCUGUUUUUGUUAUCAGAUGUAGCACAUGCUAAGACUCCAACCCAUUCCAUUAAAAAACUACCUACCUCUGCCUCAGUUGGUUGUGACAUUCAGAAUUCAGUAGGAAGUAGUGUAAAGUCGGAGAGCACUUUAAUGCAUCACGUAGAGGUCGGUGAGGACAGAGAAGACGGACUGGUAAAAGACGGCUGUGUCAGUACGUUAACAGGUAUUUCCUCAGGUACCGAUGAAUUUAGGUCAGAAAAUGAUGCCAGCUGGGAUCCCCAGAAAGAGUUCAUUCAGUUUCUUAUAACUAAUGAAGACACAGUGGAUACAGCUCCAGUUCACUCUAAAGUAGGUCUAGAAAAGAAGAGAAAACGAAAAAUGGAUGUAAGUAAGAUAACUCGUUACACUGAGGACUGCUUUAGUGAUUCUCAUUGUGUCCCUGGUAAAUCAAAGCUGCCGGAAGCAGACUUCAUGGAACAGAAUGAAGAGCUUCAAGCAAUAGACUCCCAGAAAUAUGCGUUCUCCAAAGUGAAACCCGAAUCAGCUGAUGAGGACUUGGAAUCCGUGGAGGCCUUUCAACAUCUAAUGUAUAGCCCAGAUAAGUGUGGAGAAGACAGUUCACCUGUUCAUACUAGCACUUUCCUUUCAAAUUCCUUAAAGAAGAAAUGUGAAGAGAGUGAUUCUGAGUCACCUGCUACUUUCAGCACCGAAGAGCCAUCGUUCUACCCCUGUACCAAGUGCAAUGUGAAUUUUAGGGAGAAAAAGCACCUCCACAGGCAUAUGAUGUAUCAUUUAGAUGGGAAUAGUCACUUUCGCCACCUUAAUGUCCCGAGACCAUAUGCUUGUAGAGAAUGUGGGCGGACGUUUCGAGAUCGUAACUCACUACUAAAGCAUAUGAUUAUUCACCAAGAAAGAAGACAGAAGCUGAUGGAGGAAAUUCGUGAACUGAAAGAGCUUCAGGACGAAGGCAGAAGUGCCCGGUUGCAGUGCCCGCAGUGUGUGUUUGGUACCAAUUGCCCUAAAACGUUUGUGCAGCAUGCUAAAACCCACGAAAAAGACAAAAGGUACUACUGCUGUGAGGAGUGCAACUUCAUGGCAGUGACGGAAAAUGAAUUGGAAUGCCAUCGCGGAAUCGCCCAUGGAGCUGUGGUAAAAUGCCCCAUCGUCAGCUCCGAUGCAGCCCAGAGGAAGACGCAAAAAAAGGCUUUCAUGAAAGACUCCGUCAUAGGAUCCUCCAAAAAAUCAGCUGCCUACGUGUGUAAGAUGUGUCCUUUCACUACUUCAGCCAGAAGUAUUUUAAAAAAACACACGGAGUACUUGCAUUCGUCAUCAUGCACUGACUCGUUGGGCAGCCCGCUUGGACUUGAUAAGAGAAAAAGUGACAUCCUGGAAGAACCGAUAGAUAUUGAUAGUCCUAAACCAUUAACUAAACACCAGUCAACAACCUUUCCAAAGAAUUCUGCUUUAAAACAAGAUGUAAAGCCAACAUUCGGAACAUCCUCCCAGGCGAGUAAUUUUUCAAAAUUCCAUAAGCGGCCCCACAGAGUGCAGAAAGCUCGGAAAAGCAUUGCGCAGUCAGGUGUAAAUGUAUGCAGUCCAAACAGUUCUCCUCGUGAGACUGUUAGGAUUAGAAACAGCAUCGACCAAAAACCUAAGUAUUUCCAUCAGGCAGCAAAGGAAAAAUCUAAUGCCAAGGCAAAUAGCAACUAUUUAUACAGACAUAAAUAUGAAAACUACAGGAUGAUCAAAAAAUCAGGUGAAUCAUAUCCUCUGCAUUUCAAAAAAGAAGACGCUAGUUCAUUGAAUUCUCUACAUCUGUUUUCAUCAUCAAAUAAUUCUCGCAAUAGUUUUAUUUCAGACCCUCAUAACUCUGACACCAAAAGGCCAGAAGGCUUCAAAGACCACAGACGUGUAGCUGUAAAGAGAGUAGCUAAGGAAUCUAAGAAGGAAAGUUCUGUUGGAGGAGAAGACUUGGAUAGCUAUCCAGAUUUCUUGCAUAAAAUGACCGUUGUUGUUUUGCAAAAACUCAAUUCUGCUGAGAAGAAAGACAGCUAUGAAACCGAAGAUGAAAGUUCCUGGGAUAACGUUGAGCUCGGUGACUACACUACACAGACUAUAGAAGAUGAAACCUACCAUGACAUCAAUCGGGAACACGUCAGCUUAUUCCCUCUGUUUAAAAACAAGGUGGACGGUCAAGAGCCUGGAGCAAAUGCCACCCUUAGUUAUGAUCAGAACGAUGGCUUUUAUUUCGAAUAUUACGAAGACGCUGGAGCGAAUAACUUUUUGCAUGAGAUCCAUGACCCUCAGCAUUUAGAAAAUGCAGAAACUUCACUGUCCAAGCAUAGCUCUGUUUUUCAUUGGACGGAUUUGUCGCUGGAGAAGAAGUCAUGUCCUUACUGCCCAGCAACAUUUGAAACAGGCGUUGGGCUGUCAAAUCACGUCCGAGGACAUCUUCACCGAGCGGGCCUGAGCUAUGAGGCCCGGCACGUCGUAUCGCCAGAGCAAAUAGCCACCAGUGACAAAAUGCAGCAUUUCAAAAGAACCGGCACAGGAACACCCGUUAAGCGAGUUAGAAAAGCUAUAGAGAAGUCUGAAACCACUUCUGAACACACUUGUCAGCUCUGUGGUGGUUGGUUUGAUACUAAAAUUGGAUUAUCAAAUCACGUUAGAGGCCACCUGAAAAGACUUGGGAAGACCAAAUGGGAUGCUCACAAAUCUCCAAUCUGUGUUCUGAAUGAGAUGAUGCAAAAUGAGGAAAAAUACGAAAAAAUCUUAAAGGCAUUGAACAGUCGUCGUAUUAUUCCUAGACCGUUUGUAGCUCAAAAACUCGCGUCAAAUGAUGACUUUCUGUCUCAAAAUGUUAUACCUCUUGAAGCAUACCGUAAUGGCCUAAAGACGGAAGCUUUAUCAGUGUCCGCAUCAGAGGAAGAAGGGUUGAGUUUCUUAAAUGAAUAUGAUGAAACAAAACCAGAACUGCCCAGUGGAAGAAAGAAUCAGUCUCUUACACUGAUAGAACUGCUUAAAAAUAAAAGGAUGGGAGAAGAGAGGAAUACUUCCGUUUCUCCUCAAAAGAUCCAUAGUCAGACUGCAAGAAAGAGAUUUGUUCAGAAGUGUGUUCUUCCACUGAACGAAGAUAGUCCAUUGAUGUAUCAGCCACAGAAAAUGGACUUCGCUAUGCACUCAGCCUUAGAUUGUAAGCAAAAGAAAUCAAGGUCAAGAUCCGGAAGCAAGAAGAAAAUGCUAACAUUACCUCACGGUGCUGACGAGGUUUACAUUCUCCGAUGCAGGUUUUGUGGCCUAGUCUUUCGUGGACCAUUGUCUGUUCAGGAAGACUGGAUUAAGCACUUACAACGACACAUUGUAAACGCUAAUCUUCCACGGACUGGAGCUGGCAUGGUGGAAGUCACGUCACUACUCAAAAAGCCUGCCUCCCUUACAGAAACUUCAUUUUCUCUACUAAUGGCAGAAGCAGCUUCCUAGAAACAAGGAAACCUUUUAAAUAGCGAAUUUGAAUUGGAUGUACAUUUGAAAUUCUUUUGUGUUUUUUUUAAAGCCACCUUAAAUUAUCCGUUUGUAACUACUAAAACAGGAAAAUGGGGGAAAGAGAAUUACAGUGACAUCAGAGCAAACUGAGUGCUGCAAACAGUAAGUAGCCUCUGUAUUUUGUGUAGGAGGGCGAUGUGUCUUUAAGGUUUACUCAGUUGUGUCGGUUCGCUGUUGACUCACCGAAAGCUCAGUCCAUGUACACAGUCGCUAAUAACCUGUGGCACGUGGGUAUUUAAAGACAGACUUAUUGGAAAAUGAUGUUUUCUGCAGUGUUACCAGAAUCAAGGUUCUGUUUAUUCCCCACAAGACUUGCAUUGAAAAAUAAGAUAUUAUAUUUUGUUUGUAUAUAUUUAGUGUUUUGUAUAAUACCAGGAACUGCUAACUAAAUUUACUCAACUUAGGGCAUUAAAUAUCAUGUACUUCAUAGUUGGAGACUGUUCACUCAAAUAGGGCAGAGUACUAUUCUAUCUAGAUGUGUACGUGUUUUUUUAAAGAUCACACGGAACGGUUUUUUUUAUACUAAAAAGUGGAGGGAGAUUUGUUUAAACAAGUAUUUCUAAAAGAAAUAUGUACAUAGUCCUGGAAAUUAUUUGCGGUAAGGACCUACUCUUUACUCCAGUUGCAUUUCUCAGACAAUAAAGUGGUGCAUCCAUGCUACCUCCUACUUUGUCAACAAAGAUGCUGGUAACCCUUUACAUUUUUGUAUCAUAAUAGAUUUUAAAAAAAUCUAAUGUUCUUUGUUGCAAGACAUCCUUUUGUUAACAGAUUUGUUUCUUUUUAAUGUUUUACCUAAAAUUGGACAUGCUUACAGGACACGUUUGCCUCUUACUUUAUUUAACAUUGUAGAAAUGUAACUAAUAAUUAAGCAGUGCUCACUACACAGUUUAGAAUAGGCUUUCUCAUUUAUAUUCUCUUCCAGAUUCGAUCAGUUAGCAAAACUUCAUACACCAAUUUCUACAUAUGAUGAGAAUGUUUACAAUUUAAAUUUUUAGAACUUGUUUUGGAUGUGAUUAUAUGUACAAAAAUCGUGUUAACACUAUGCUCAUGCUAGGAACCGACAUAAUGGAAUUACUGAAAUAAAUGUGCUGUGAGGAAUGGAAAACAUGGUGCAGAUGUCUUGGUCAUGAAAAAUUGUGAUUCUUCUUUUAAACGUUUUCCAAAAGCAAAUUCGUUCUUUUAAUCAGAAAUCAGAUUCCUUUACAAAUAACAGUUUUGUAUGCAAGCACCAUUUCAUUUUAUUUCAUGUAGUAUGGCUAAUAAUAUAGUUGAAACAAGGAUAAUGCAUUGAUACUUUUCUCGUAUGUAAAUAAAGUUAAAAGCAGUUAAAAUAAGGAGUAUUUUGGUAGAGUAUAUACAUACCUCACUGCCAGUGAAAUUGCUUUCCUAUGGUAUAUCUCCUUACCGGAAAAAUCUCUAAAUAAAAAAAAAAGACUUAAAGAAAA